CUUUCUCAAGCAGAGAGAGCGCCGGCCCCGGAGGCGGCAGACAAUAUCCGAGGGAGUUAACAAUCGCCUCCACUGUGUGGCCGAGCGUCCUCCCCUCGGCGCCGCCCGGGAAGGUGGAUUCCGCAAUGGCAGGAUGUUCAUGAGCUGAGCUCCGCAGCUGAGAAACAUGAGAAGGUCUUUCUAUCCAUGUUCCGGGGCUGCGCACAGCCCGCUUGGUAAAUAAAGCGCGGAGGCGGACGCGGUUCGUGUGGUUAGCGCCCGGGAUCUAUGCAUAGAAAACAUGUGGUGGGGAUGGGAACGGGCAUAGCAACCAAACUGGAUUAUUACCCGCGGAAGAGAGCCACUGGAUCCCGCGGCAACAGAAAUCAAGUCAUCUGGACUUCCAAACUGCACGUCUCCUAGUCGCUGCGGCCGCAAAGCGCCGGCCUCCCAGCUUGGACCAUGAACACCAUCGUCUUCAACAAGCUCAGCAGCCAAGUGCUUUUCGAGGACAGCGACGCCAAGGAGAGAGAGCGGGGUGGUCGACCCUACAGCGGGAUCCUGGAUGGGGCCCAUCAUCACCACCCCGAGGUGGUCAUUCCCGACAGCCCAUCACUCAAAGAUAACCUCAGUCUCCGACACAGGAGGACAGGGGCUCGGCAAAACGGAGGAAAGGUGAGGCACAAGCGGCAGGCCCUGCAGGACAUGGCGAGGCCCCUCAAACAGUGGCUUUACAAGCAUCGGGACAAUCCAUACCCCACAAAGACCGAGAAAAUCCUCUUGGCCCUAGGCUCCCAGAUGACCUUGGUGCAGGUGUCAAACUGGUUUGCUAAUGCAAGACGUCGCCUUAAGAAUACGGUCAGGCAACCAGAUCUGAGCUGGGCUUUGCGAAUAAAACUCUACAACAAAUAUGUGCAAGGAAAUGCAGAAAGACUUAGUGUGAGCAGUGAUGAUUCAUGUUCUGAAGAUGGAGAAAAUCCCCCAAGAAACCAUGUGAAUGAAUCGGGGUAUAAUAACCCAGUUCACCAUGCAGUAAUUAAAACAGAGAGCUCUGUGAUCAAAACUGGAGUGAGACCAGAACCCGGCACCAAUGAGGACUACGUGUCACCCCCCAAAUACAAGAGUAGCUUGUUGAACCGCUACCUUAAUGACUCUUUGCGACACGUCAUGGCCACAAAUGCAGCAAUGAUGGAAAAAACGAGACAGAGAAACCAUUCGGGGUCAUUUAGUUCCAAUGAAUUUGAGGAGGAGCUUGUGUCUCCAUCAUCAUCAGAAACUGAAGGCAACUUUGUCUAUCGAACAGACAAUCUGGAAAAUGGAUCCAAUAAGUGUGACAGUGCAGCUAACAGAAAGGGAGCAAGCAAAGAUGAAACCUAUUGGAAGGAGAUCAAUGCAGCUAUGGCCUUAACUAAUCUCGCACAGGGAAAAGACAAACUACAGGGUACCACCAGCUGCAUCAUUCAGAAAUCAUCACAUAUAUCAGAGGUCAAGACUGUCAAAGUGCCACUAGCCCAACAAUUUUAAGCGCUUGCUACCUGUGGGAUCCAAUGGACACUCAUCGCGCCAUUUGUAUUUCUGUAAAGUCAGAACCCAAGACCCGGAGCAAGCAUCAAAAAACCGUUCCCUUCCUGACAUGGUCAGUAAAGCAGUUACUCCCCUUAGACUUUUUGGUCUUCUUUUUUUUAAUUAUAUUAAAUAAAUUGUCCAAUUGCUUCUAUAAAAGACAUAUAAAUUAUAAAAAAAUCAGUUUUUAUCAAAAUAUUAACUUAUUUUAUGUUACUCAAACUAUGCAUAAAAUGUCUGCAUUGCUAUUACGAUAAGUGCCUUGCUUUCCAAAAAUAAGCUAUAACGUGGGCAUAGCAGAAUAGUUAUGCCUCAAAAUGACAAUGCCAUAAUGCUUAUUAGAAUAUGUAUUAUUUCAAAUGGGCCUGACCAUCCAGGGCUGAAACCAUAACUGCUGAAUGCCCUUGAAAUGUAUUCAGUAUUUCGCAUUUUUAAAACGUGGAGAUCUUUCAUUCUAAAGGAAAUAUCCCCUUUUUAAAAGUUCCACAGUAUUAAGUAUGGUCCAAUGUAGCUUUCAGAAUGGCAUUAAGGUUGUUGUGCAUGUUUCUUGCUUGUCUAUGCAGUACGUUAUCCACUUACCACCAUAACUCACUUCAUUGAAAAGUGCAAUACUCCAUAUAAUAUGUAUAUGUAAGAAACAGUGUGUCCAAAUUAAUUUAAAAGUUAAAACUAGACACCAGAUUCAGGAGACGUUUCUUGUGGCAAACUUCUCCAGAAAACUCCCUCCACCCAGCUGAAGUUUCAUUUUGGAUUUUUUCUUUCUUGAGCUUUGCUACACACUGUUAAAAGUUGUUAAAUAAAAGCAAACAAAAAAAAUCUUUUUGUACAGAAGUAAACUUGUAGUCCCUUGUAUCUUUACUUGUUUGGGAACUCAGUGUCUUGCCAUGAUGGAAACAGUUAUAGCUAUGGCUUGGUCAAAACAGCAUUGGUUUGAUUUGUGUGAAAUCAGAAAGUCUAAUUGAUAAUCUACCUUUCAAGGAACAAAAGAUAUUGAGAUAAAUAUAUGUAUGUGGGUGUAUACAUAGCCAAACACACACACACACAAUAUAAAGUCAACCCAUAAACGAAAAGCAUAUGGUCUUUGAAAUAUUGAAAGGUCAUUACAUUUUGCCAAGGAGAUUAAGGGCUGAUACAAAAUAACGACUCAAAAUUUGAAACAAAAUUGCCAUUGAGUGAAAAUAGAAAUACAAAAGUGGAUUUUCUUCAAUCAAAUAAUAAUAUCCAAAUCAUUUUGAAAAAAACUUGAAUCAACAAUGGAAAUUCUGAAUACGACUUAGAGUAUACCAACUAUAGGAAGAUGAAAAAGAUUUGCUUAUUGGGGGAAUGGGAUAGGAAUUUAUUUUUUCCAUUUGUAAGCUAUUCUGUUCCUCAAAAAAAAAAAAAAACCUACGUGUGCAUAUGUGAAAGAGAAAGCAUGUACACCUCACUAAUGCAUCCAAAUUCUCCUUUAUGUUCCAGAAUAUUUUACAAAAUCUUGUCUGCUCCAGUUGUACUAAAUUAUCAAGAGACAGGAAAAAAAAAUCCAUCUUGGUGUAACUUGUAGGAUACUUUUUGUUGUAGCAUAGCCUUGGGGGUUGGGGUUAUUUAGUGUAUGAUAAAGAUAAUUUGAUAUGAAAAUAUUUUGUAUAUAUAUUUUUUACUUUGUUUUUCUAAAUUGCUGUUUGCAAUGACAUUUAAGUGCCACGCAAGAAGUAUACACCACGACUGUAUGAACAAAUGGAGUACGUGUUUAAUUGCCUUUAGAUAGUUGAGUUCCAUGAUGCAUUUCAGUACUUUAUAUUCAAACUUUUGCCAUAAUGUGAGCAGAUAACUGAAAACUAACGACAAAUACUUCACUCUUGUUCGUACUAUCAUAAGUUAUUCAGGCAUAAAGGAUCUUGUGACAAUACUUUGUUUUAGUUUUGACAAACAUUUCAGUUCAAGGUAUGCAGAAUGUUUUCAUUUGAAUUAGUGAUCAUUACGCACUGUCACCUUUUUCUUUCUUUUUUUUUUUUUUUAAGCAGCAGCAAAUUAGUUUUUGGGUAUAAAUAUAGAAGAUAAGUCAUUGUGGAACAUGUGUUUUUGCAUUUGUUUUUGUUUUUGUUUUUAACCAUCAAACUGUGGAGAUUGGUCCAUAAACACAUUGAGUCCAUUUUACAAUUAACAAAUACUUGGCAUUAUUACCUACUGUAAUUAUCUUUAAUUUAUUUUUUCCUUUUGCUGCUUUAACAUUUUUUGGAAAUGCAAAUGCUUCUUCUCUCCCCACUCCCCCCCUCCCCAAUUUCCUUUUAAAAGAAGAAUCUUGAACAACGCUGAGCCAACAGCUGAAAAUCAAAGUCAUAAUUUAUAUUGUAGAGAAACGUUAUUACCGCUGUUCCUUGUUUUGCCAUAUGUAAUCAUUUUAAUAAAAUUAAUAACUGCCAAAAA